GGGUUAUUCUGGCAGAUUAUGGCUCUAGUUGGAGGGAACAUCGUCGCUUUGCUCUGAUGACUUUGAGGAACUUUGGUCUGGGGAAGAACUCGAUGGAGGACAGGAUUCAUGAAGAGAUUAAAUACACUGUCAGUACCCUGGAAAAGAGCAUUGGUAAAACCAUGAGUCCUCAAGUUAUGUUUCACAAUGCAGCGUCCAACAUCAUCUGCCAGGUCCUGUUCGCUAGACGCUACGAGUAUGACAACGCGCUAAUCAAAGUGAUUGUUAGGUGCUUCACUGAGAAUUCCAAGAUAGCCAAUGGCCCGUGGGCUAUGCUGUAUGACUCUUUUCCUUUAAUUCGUUACCUACCACUGCCCUUCAUGAAAGCCUUCAAGAAUGCAGAGACAGUUGAAAAUCUUGUAAAUGAGUUUAUAAGAGAGCACAAGAAGACCCGAGUUCCCGGAGAGCCACGGGACUUUGUUGACUGCUAUCUGGAUGAACUGGAGAAGAGAGGCGAUGAUGGGUCUUCAUUUUCAGAAGACCGGAUCUGUCUGUACGCUUUAGACCUUCACUUUGCUGGCACUGACACUACAUCCAACACCCUACUUACUGGAUUUCUUUACCUUAUGAACUAUCCGCAUGUACAAG